AACUCUUAACCUUUAAAAUGGCUGACACAAAACAUGAGAUACGAAGUAUCGCGAGAUAUUUUAGGGUUGAAAAUGUAAAAGUAAAUAUUAACAGUGAAACAAAGGCACCAGCUCUACAUGACAAUGGCACAACUCUGAAUGGACUGAGUACCAUAUUGCAGUAUCUUGCACAGAGAGACGCAUCUCAGGAAGAGUAUAGAAGUCCAGAGGAUAAGGCUAGCAUUAGACAAUGGUUGGAAUAUAGAGUAACAGAAGUGGAUAGAUGCGAGAAUGAAAAAGAUGUUUACUUAAUUUUAAAAGAAUUGAAUGCCUACUUAUCUAAUAAUACAUACUUUGUUGGUAACUGUCUUACUAUUGCCGACCUCUGUAUUUACCAUGGACUCCAUUCUAUUAUGAGUCAUCUUACCUACCAAGAAAAGGAGAAAUAUAAUCAUGUAUCAAGAUGGUUUCAUUUUAUCCAAUGUCAACCACAAUACAAGUCAGACUUGCCAAGUAUUCCAUUCCAGUCGCAGUCUCUGUACCCAGCAGUGUAACAAAUAGAACGUCUAGGGAUUAAUAUGUACUGUA